ACCUACUAGAACUUGCAUUAAUCUCUCUUCAUCGCAUUCCAUUGUUACUUUGUUAUUCAAAUCUAUAUCAAUGGACUACUUCAACGGCAUGGGAUACAGAUUCCAUCCCACAGAAGACGAAAUCAUCCACCAUUUUCUUGAAUCAAAGAUGAGGGAUGGCACUGAUUUUUCUGCUGUUAUUAAGGAAGUCGAUAUUUGCAGUUUUGAACCUUGGCAAUUGCCUGAGCAUUCACCGCUUUCCUCGGAUGAUCAACAGUGGUACUUUUUCAGUGCAAUUGCUUAUAAGUAUGCCAAGAGUAAACGAAUUGAAAGAACAACUAGGGCUGGAUCUUGGAAAGUCACAGGUAAAGAUCAUGAAAUCUAUGAUGAAAACACUGGGCAACUCAUUGGUAAAAGAAAAGCUUUGGUUUUUUACCAAGGUCACGGCUCUAAUGUCAUAAAGACUUGUUGGGUGAUGCAUGAAUUUCAUUCCGAGACUGCUCGUUAUUAUCAGAAGCCUUUUGUUCUUUGUCGAUUGAAAAGAAAAUCAGAUGAUACUGAAGAUGAUCAACCCAGUUCUCGUUGGGCUUCUACUUCCAGAAAUUAAUGGAAGAAACUUUGAGGACAGUUGGAGUCUGGAAGGUGGCAUAUCGAUCAAGAAGAAAGGCCUCCGAUAGGGAUGUAAACUCAACUACAGCGCUGGAAUUUCGAUUAGCAUAUAUAACUAUGGAGUUAGCUAAAUUUUGAAUUAGUUAGGACAUACUAUGUUUUCAGAAUGUGUUCACCGUUGUAAGCGUGUCUUUCUACAUCUUCAGCUUGUUUUUGUUUGUAAUAAUUAUCAACUUCAUUGAGUGCUUCUAUGUAAUAAAAGUGUUACAACUCUAUAAUAUAUACUUUUUUGGUA